CUGCGGCCGGUCGGAUGACGUCCGCCGCCGCCGGUGACGCCGGCACAGUCACCCGCGGCGCUCCGCUGAACGACGACCCGAGGUGAGCGGGGUUGGAGCGGCGCGCUGCCCAGCGGACACCCAGCGGACACGGUGCGGACAUCCUGCGGACACUGGACGCUCGGCCUGUCCGCCGGUGGGAGAGGACAGUUCGGAGAUGGCGCCGCUUAGAACAGCCGUCGGCGCCCUGUGGACGUCACUGCUGCUCCUGGUCAUUGGCGGGCCUGUGACGGCGGCGGCGGCGUCCGGCGGAGCCGCUCACCUGGAGCACUGCCAGCAGCUGGCGCAGCCACUGGUGACGGAGACCCGGAUGGUGGUGCCGGCCACCCACGAGGAGCUGGCCACCGUCUGUCGCAACUGGCGCCUGUUCGUGGACUGCAUCAACAAGUUCGUCAUGUCCGGCUACUCGCGGCAGCAGAAGCUGGCCUUCAACGGCGCCGUCCAGACGGCCGUCAAGAGCGUCCACAAGAUGUGCAGCGACCCCGACUACAGCAAAGAGUAUCUGGAGCACGCACCGUGCAUCCAGAAGAUGACGAUGGACAAGAGCCGCUGCGGCGAGGACUAUACAAAGAUGGCGGACGCUGUCAUCAACGCAGCACCCGACUCGGACGUUUGCUGCCGGUACCUGCGGUUCCGCUCCUGCGUGGCGGCCGACCCGGGCUGCGCCGACAAGCCCUCCGGCAACCGGCUCACCAUGUUCGUCAACACCUUCCUCGACAACGGCCUGCAGGUCUUCGUGCACAAGUGCCACAGCAGCCU